UUUUUUAGCGUAUCCUGCUUGUUUUCCUGAACACACGGAUGUGCGGUGUUGAGUCCUGAGUUUUAUACACGCACAUUUAAAAUAAUACAGUAAUUCGGUGUAAAGCGAUGCGCGAGACGGACACCGAGGCGGGACACGGUUCAUCUACCGGUAGUGAUGUGUGUGAGGACACAGGAAGUAUGUAUGUGGGACAAAGUGAUGAAGACGCAGUAAUGGAAGACAAAGCGUUCAUCACUGAAUCCUGUCCUCCAUGUUUGUAUGAAGAAACAGAGGGAUGGGUCCUUCACCAUCAGUCUAGUUUUAAUGACAGCGAGUCAGAGGACGUCCUUCACACCGUGAACCCAAACGAUGUCUUCAACGAGAGUGACAGUGCUGCUUCUGACAUUCCUGACCCCACCCACCGCCCCACACCAGCCACACCCACUAUGUAUCAGGUUGUGUAUGACGUCAGUGGAGUGGGCGGAGACCAGCAGAAGCAGCAGAAAGUAGACAUUAUUUCCAUCGAGCUUGAUGAGUGGAGUUCUCCGGUGCUCGUGUCUGACUCAUGUGUGGUGAACGAGCUGCCGCUGGUUUCUACCAUUAAAGUGGAACACGCCCAUCCUGAGCUCAGCCAUGCCCACUCUGAACUUGAUCACACUCUGUUUGAUCUUAACCACACCCCCCAUUCUUUCAUUGAUGGCCUGUUGUAUCCAGAGCUGACGCUCACUGAGGAGGAACAGAAGAUCCUUGACCAGGAGGGCGUGUCCCUGCCCAACAACCUGCCACUCACCAAGGCAGAGGAGAGAAUACUGAAAAAAGUGCGGCGUAAAAUCCGUAAUAAACAGUCAGCUCAGGACAGCAGACGCCGCAAGAAAGAGUACAUUGAUGGUCUGGAGAGCAGAGUUGCAGCAUGUUCAGCACAGAAUAAGGAACUCCAGAGAACAGUGGAACAGCUGGAAAAAAACAACAUCUCUCUUAUAGCACAGUUGAGAAAGUUACAGUCUCUGGUGAAACAGACGGCGAGUAAAGCGGCUCAGACCAGCGCCUGUGUCAUGAUUUUGCUCUUCUCGUUAACACUGAUUAUUUUCCCAAGUUUUCGUCCCUUUAGUCUACGUGUGAAAGCCUCUGAUGACGCAUACACCCCGACUGGAGUAAUUUCCAGAAACAUCCUGAACGAUGAGGCGUCUGCACUCGUCUUAUCUGAGAACGCAGUGGACGAUAAAAAUCUCCCCGCGGAGUUCCAGCUAGCGGCGGUAGACAUGCCAAUAGUGCAGCGUGAUAACAUGGACAACUCAAAGAGAGAAGACAGAAAACAGGAAGUGCUGCUUCAGGACGAUGCGCUGACAAGAAACCGCUCUGUGACAGAGGGAAAAGGGGCGGAGUCAGAAAGCUCGCCAUCUCAUCCAGUGGGGGGUGCUGUGCUGGACGUUGAUGCAGCUAAACCUGCUCAUGCUGAUGAAAUGUAGCAACUCAAAUAAAGCAAUGACUUUAUUCAUAGACCCUAAUCUCCAAAUCUGCUACACUAUAUACAGGUACUGUGCUGGAGUAGUGCACUACUUUUAUCUCCGCCACGUCCCAAAUCACCCAUGCUACACAUCGUUGUGCCAUGGCAGGACGUCACACGGUGGCCGCUUAGAUGUUAUGACUCCAUUUUCAUUGUGGGUGGGGCUAUCUUUACUACACUAUAUCAAGGCUGUAGUGCACAUUGUGGUGACUGUGGACACAGACAUAUUCACAGUCGGCUGUGUCCCAAAUCACCGGUUUGGUAUUGAGAUGAAUUUUGGCUGUUUGACUCGUCUGUUUCACGUCUUUCUUUUUAGAAUAAACAUCAUACUUAUGCCAAA